AUGACUAAAGCUCUCGGCUACGACGAGGAAGGCGGAGCCAGUGAUGACCACGACGGCUCGAGCUUGAUUUCGCGAGGAAGAGGAGAGGCGACGACAGUCACGGUUUUGAUGUGUUGCGAUGUGUUGUGUAAUCCGGAACUCUCUCAACAGGAUGAUGAGAUUGAGCUGGAUAUUGAUAGUCUUGACAUCCAGACGCUUUGGGAGCUUUAUAGUUUUGUGACUGGGUAUAAGGAGAGCUUGAGCAUUAAAAAGGAGGAGGAUCAGGGGUUUGGUUCAGAACGAGAUGCUGAAUCUGCUCACAACAUUAUCCAAGAACCGGCAACUGGCACCGAAAGAUCGAGAGUUACUGAAUCAGGGAAAGCUAUUCGCAUGUCUUCUUCUCCUGUUCGGCAAGAAAACAAGGCAGGUGGAUCAAGUAGUUAUAACAGUUCCAGCAGUGACUCAGGAUCUAGCUCUAGUGAUUCUGACAGUGACAGCUCCUCUGGACGUGGAUCAGAUACUGGUAAUUAG